CAGACCUCAGUGUUGUCUCCUCGCAGAUCAAAACAACAAGUCAAAAGAUGGCGAGCAAGUCGCAACUGCUUCGACAGGCUAAAAGUUUCGAGCUCCCAGAACAUGAGAAUCUGGGCUUGUCGACGUACGUGCUGGGUCGGCGGCAGCACCAACAGUUCACGGAGCGGGUCCAGAAGGAGAAGGAAGAGCUGGAGGAGGAGAGGUGGGAGGAGAAGAAGAUGCUGGACAAGAAGAUCAAGCGUCUAGAGGGACAAGUGGAACGUUACAAACAGGACUUGAAUGAAGUGCAGAGCAAAAAUGACGACUUGAUAUCAGAGAACAGAAAACUCGACAGAGAGCUGCGGUACGCCAACGAUCGUGUGUCCGAGCUUCAGAUGGAGAUGGACAAGAUGAAGGCUCACGUCACGUCACUGGAGACGUCCAACCGCACCCUUAAGACACUCGCCAAGAAGUAAGGACGUCCUUCAAGGCCGGUACCAUGCCUUGGAGUGUGAUGUAAAAAUGCACGUUAUAUUAUCGGUUUCCUACUUGUGGAUGACGUACCCCUGACGUGGUGGAAGUAGUGCACCAAUGACGUCAGCAUUUUACGUGCACUUCGUCACCAGUCCUGUCGGGUCUCCUGACCAAUCCGCUGGAUCGACGUUAAGAACUCAUGGAGCCUUUCAGAUUUUUUUCUAAGAUAAACCGUCCCUUUCUACACGAAUUGAUUUAGUGAUAUUAUUAUAUAGAUAUGCCCUUUUGUUCUUUUGUGUUGCAUAGAAUCUAGAUAAGGAAUUAUGAAUAAUUAAAGCUGAUGAAAACACCGCGCUCAGAAAUGAUUUUACAUGUUUAAGCCUCAUUGUUGGCAAUAUUCAAUCUUAUUCGGUGAGUGAAGCAAAUCAUACACGGUACACAGUAAGCUUGAUGUAAAUGGCUGUAAAAGUUGCCCCUAUCGUAAUACAAACCUUGAAGGUAAUAGUCUCAGUGUAAUGAUCAACAUUGUAUAAUGGCAACAUGUACAGCACAUUUGACUAGU